AUGAUUAGAAGCAUCAUAGGAAGAAGAGCAUACUCUGAAGCAGUCACUAAAAAGUCAUAUCUCAAACUUCAAGUUGGACAAAUCCAAUCAUGUAAACGUCAUGAAGGUAGCGACAAUUUAUAUGUCUCCCAGAUCCAAAUCGAUGAUAGCAAUACUUAUCAAAUAUGUUCAGGAUUAGUUCCUUAUAUCCCAAUUGAACAAAUGCAAAACAAACGAGUUGUGGUUGUUACAAAUAUGAAACAGAAGAAAUUACGUGGAGAAGCAUCAAAGGGGAUGAUAUUAGCAGCUACUUCACAAUCAGAAGGUCAGACACAAGUAGAAGUAGUGGAGCCUCCAAAGAGUUCCAUAAUUGGUGAACGAUUAUUUUUUGGUUCUGAGGAUCAUGAUUUCCAACCACCAGUGUUGAAGACUGCGGUAUGGGAAUAUAUUCAACCAAGAUUGAAGACCAACAAAGACAAACAACCGGUGUUUGUGGACGAAGAAGGAAAGGAAUUGGUUUUGAGAGGGAAGGACGAAUCAGAUUCCGCAAUUGUUGCUACAUUGACAAACGCAUCAGUUCAUUAA